AUUGCAAAACAGAGCAGCUAGCUAAGUAGCACCAGAGAUUAAAAAAAAAAAAAAAAAAAAAUGGCUGUACUCAUCUUCCUUCUAGCUCUUCCAGUAGUGUUAUUCUUGUUUCUUCUCAAGAAGAACAAUACUACUAAAAAAUAUCAUCUCCCGCCUGGUCCUAAGGGUCUUCCCAUCAUAGGAAACCUACACCAGCUUUACUUCUCCAUCCCUCAUAAGCGUAUAUGGGAACUUUCCAAAAAUUAUGGCCCCAUCAUGACCUUGAGAAUGGGAACUAGGCCAGCCAUUGUAGUAACUUCUGCAAAAUUGGCUAAAGACAUUAUGAAAACCUAUGAUCUUAAUUUCUGCAGUAGACCUGCCUUGGUGGGCUCUCACAAGCUCUCAUACAAUGGUUUAGACGUGGUUUUUUCACCCUAUGAUGAUUAUUGGAGGGAGAUUAGAAAAAUUACAGUGGUUCAUCUCUUCAACUCAAUUCGAUCCUCCACCUUCCGUCCCAUAAGAGAGGAUGAGGUUUCUCGCUUGGUGAACAACAUUUCCAAAUCAGCAGCUGCUUCUAAGCCUUUCAACUUGUCGGAAGCAAUGCUCGCACUUGGAAACAAUGUAACAAUUAGAGCUGCCACUGGCAAGAGAUGUGAUGUUGAAGAUAGGCUCACAAGGCUCGUCAGCGAAACUCAAGCCAUGUUUGCUGGAUUCUUCUUUUCAGAUUAUAUCCCUUGCGUUGGCAAGAUUAUCGAUAGGCUCAGUGGAUUACUCCGUCGACUCAACAAGAACUUCUCAGAAUUUGAUGUUCUUUACCAAGAUAUCAUCGAUGAACACCUCCAGGCUAAGGCACCCAAGUCCGAAUGCGAGAACUUAGUGGAAGUUCUUAUUAAACUUUACAAGGAGAACGCAUAUAAAAUUCAACUCACUUUUGAUCACCUCAAAGCAAUUCUCAUGAAUGUGUUUAUUGCUGGAACAGACACAAGCGCCUCUGCUGUGGUUUGGGCCAUGUGCUUGCUGAUGAAGAAUCCGGAAAUAAUGAGAAAAACUCAAGAAGAACUCAGAAGUGUAAUUGGAAAGAAAGGUUUUGUGAAUGAAGAUGAUCUUCAGAAUUUGCCUUAUUAUAGGGCCAUGGUGAGGGAGACAAUGAGAUUGGAACCAGCAGCUCCAAUGCUUGUCCCAAGAGAGACAAUUGCAGACUGCAAAUUGGGAGGCUACGAUAUACCAGCCAAAAGCAUAGUUUACGUGAACAACUGGGCAGUUGGAAGGGACCCUGAAGCUUGGGAGAAUCCUCUUGAGUUCAGGCCUGAGAGAUUGUUGGAAAGUGGUAUCGAUGUGAAAGGAAAUGAUUAUGAACUAACACCAUUUGGUGCUGGCAGAAGAAUUUGUCCUGGUUAUUUCAUGGGAAUGUCCAAUGUGGAGCUUUCUCUUGCUAAUUUUCUCUACAGAUUUGAUUGGGAAAUGCCUCCAGGGAUGAAAGCCGAUGACAUAGAUUUCAAUGAUGUGCGUCCUGGUAUUGUGGUGCACAAGAAGCACAAUCUUCUUUUAAUGGCUAAGGACUACUUGAGUACUGCAUAGAUUAAUUAAUAUGCGUUUCCCUCCUGCAUGAAUGUAGUUUUAAUGCAACUUUUUCAGCAUUUGCUUUGUAUGAGCUCUACAUAUUUGUAUUAUAAUAAAUCGGCUAAUCAAAGGCAGCCUGACUUAA